UAUUACGGAACGGCAUGUGAUCCAAAUUUUGCUGUAGGAGUUGUUCUGUAUCCAAAGAUGAUAACGUUGGAGGCAUUUUCAGUUGCUGUGGUACAAUUUGUUGGAAUUAAUCUGGGAUUAAACUAUGAUGACCUCUCCAAUUGUUACUGCCCAGGGACUGUUUGCAUAAUGAAUCCUAAUGCCAUAAAAUCCAGUGGUCUGAAGUUUUUUAGCAGUUGCAGCAUGGAAGAUUUUAAAAAGUCGGUGUCACAGCCUGCAUUUGAAUGUCUUCAGAAUCAAAAAGUUCCAAAAGUGACUUACCAAGGAAAAGCUUCACUGUGUGGCAAUGGCAUUUUGGAACAGAAUGAGCAAUGCGACUGUGGCCUUCCAAAGGCAUGCACACACAAAAGGUGCUGCAAUCCUGCGGACUGUACACUGAUUGGCUAUUCUGAGUGCGGCAGUGGGCCAUGCUGUGAUUCAAAAACAUGCAUGAUAGCCAGUAGAGGAAGACUGUGUAGGAAAAGCCGUGAUUUCUGCGAUUUUCCAGAAUUCUGCAAUGGAACUUCUGAAUUUUGUGUACCUGAUAUUAAAUCCGCUGACUUGGAACCAUGUAGUAAUAAGACUGCCUACUGCUUGAAAGGAAGAUGUCGAGAUCGAGACAGGCAAUGUUUAGAAAUAUUUGGAGAAUUUUCCAAGAGUGGCAAUUAUCUGUGUCAAGAAGAAAUCAAUAUUCAUCAUGACAAAUUUGGAAACUGCAGGGAAAAAUGCGAGUUUGUUAAUGUCUUCUGUGGAAAGUUAGUUUGCUUGUGGUCAUCAUCAGACUUAUCGACCCCGGUGGCUCAUGAUGUACAAUACAUGAAACUUGAUGGCAAAAUCUGUGUGUCUGCAGCGGUAAGAAACGCAACACCAGAAAAUGAGAAUACCUACGUAGAAGACGGUUCAACAUGCGGUGACAAAAAGAUGUGUCAAAGUGGAAGAUGUGUAUUAAUCAGCACUUAUGAACAAAAGCCCAACUGUGACUCAAAAGUAAAGUGUCAAGGGCAUGGGGUUUGCAAUGAUCGUCUUAACUGUCACUGUGAUGCUGGAUAUUCUCCGCCUUCCUGUGACCCAGUGCCAGAUUCUCCAGGGGGGAGCAUUGAUGACGGGUUCUGGCUCCCUACAAGAAAUACGAUUUUGUCCUUUAAAAGCCAACGUUCUGCACCAACAAAAGGCCUUUUGAUCAGUUUAUACAUUUACAUACCACUCAUUGUUAUAAUCACUGCCAUUGCUCUAAAGUGGAAUACGUUGAAGAAAUUUUGGCACAGAGAUGAACUUUUAAGUGGAGGGUCUGUAUCCGAGGAAAGUAUUAUUACCAGCAGUGAGUCAUGGAGUAAAAGUCAUUAACCAAUAACAUCAUGAAAGACUGGAGGAAGGCUCUGACUCAAGAAUGAAAAACCAUGUAUGUCUUUCCUUUAGUUGUGACUUUCAACUUCCACUUACACCAAAGAAAAUAAACCGUUUGAUUUAAAGUGA